AUGAAGAACGAGCGGGCGCGCAGGGGCGCAGGCGGCUCCGGUGCCCUCGGCGCUGGACUCAAGUACACCUCGCGGCCGGAGAAUAUGAAUGGCUGUGAGGAAGGCGUGGAGUUCUUGCCGGCCAACAACAGCAGGAAGGUGGAGAAGGGCGGCCCGCGGCGGUGGGUGGUGCUGGUGGCCGUGCUGGCUGCCUUCCUGGCGCUGUCCCUCCUGGCGGGGCUCCUGGCAUGGCGCUUCCAGGACCGGAAUGUGCGAGUCCAGAAGAUCUUCAAUGGCUACCUGAGUGUCCGGAACGAGAACUUCCUGGAUGCCUACGAGAACUCCAACUCCACUGAGUUUGCAAACCUGGCCAAGAAGGUGAAGGAGGCGUUGAAGUUCUUAUACAGUGGGAUCCCGGUCCUGGGCCCCUACUACAAGACAUCGACUGUGACCGCCUUCAGCGAGGGCAGCGUCAUUGCCUACUACUGGUCAGAGUUCGACAUCCCCAAGCACCUGGUGAAGGAAGCUGAGCAGGCCAUGGCGGAGAAGCGCAUGGUCACAGUGCCGCCCCGAGCCCGUUCCAUGAGCUCCUUCGUGAUGACCUCGGUGGUGGCCUUCCCCAGUGACCCCAGAAUAGUACAGAACACCCGGGACAACAGCUGCAGCUUUGCCCUGCACGCCCAGGGCAGCGAGCCCACCCGCUUCAGCACACCCGGCUUCCCCGACAGCCCCUACCCAUCUCACGCCCGCUGCCAGUGGACACUGCGGGGGGACGCUGACUCCGUGCUGAGCCUCACCUUCCGCAGCUUCGAUGUUGCCACCUGUGAUGAACGUGGCAGUGACCUGGUCACGGUGUAUGACACCCUGAGCCCUGUGGAACCCCGAGCCGUGGUGCAGCUAUGUGGGACCUACCCUCCCUCCUACAACCUGACCUUCCUCUCCUCCCAGAACGUCCUGCUCAUCACGCUGGUGACCAGCACUGAGCGCAGGCACCCCGGCUUCGAGGCUGUGUUCUUCCAGCUGCCCCGGAUGAGCAGCUGUGGAGGCUACUUGCGGGCAGCCCAGGGGACAUUUAACAGCCCCUACUAUCCAGGCCACUACCCGCCCAAUGUCAACUGUACCUGGCACAUUGAGGUGCCCAACAACAAAAACGUGAAGGUGCGCUUCAAAGCCUUCUUCCUGCAGGAGCCCAAUGUCCCUGUGGGCUCCUGCACCAAGGACUACGUGGAGAUCAAUGGGGAGAAGUACUGUGGGGAGAGGCCACAGUUUGUCACCAGCAGCAGGAGCAACAAAAUCACUGUCCACUUCCACUCGGACCAGUCCUACACUGACACCGGAUUCCUGGCGGAGUUCCUGUCCUUCGAUGCCCGUGACCCGUGCCCGGGCAGUUUCAUGUGUAACACGGGGCGGUGUAUCCGGAAGGAACUUCGCUGUGACGGCUGGGCCGACUGCACUGACUACAGUGAUGAGCUCGACUGCAAGUGCAACGCCACCUACCAGUUCACGUGCAAGGACAAGUUCUGCAAGCCCCUGUUCUGGGUCUGUGACUCCGUGAGGGACUGUGAGGAUGGCAGCGACGAGGAGGGCUGCAGCUGCCCGCCCAAUACCUUCAAGUGCGACAACGGGAAGUGCCUCCCUCAGAGCCAGCAGUGUGACAGGAAGGACGACUGUGGCGACGGGUCCGAUGAGGCCAGGUGCCAAGACGUGAAAGCCGUCACCUGCACGGAACACACCUACCACUGCCUCAACGGACUCUGUGUGGACAAGAGCAACCCCCAGUGUGACGGGAACGAGGACUGUACUGAUGGCUCGGACGAGAAGGACUGUGACUGUGGGCGGCGGUCGUUCACCAGGCAGUCCCGGGUCGUCGGAGGUGAGAAUUCGGACCAAGGCGAGUGGCCCUGGCAGGUGAGCCUCCACGCCCUCGGCCACGGCCACUUGUGCGGGGCCUCUCUCAUCUCCCCCAGCUGGAUGGUAUCCGCUGCACACUGCUUUGUCGACGACAGAGGAUUCAGGUACUCGGAGCACAGCAUGUGGACGGCCUUCCUGGGCCUGCAUGACCAGAGCAAGCGCAACGCCCCGGGGGUGCAGGAGCGCGGGCUGCAGCGGAUCAUCAAGCACCCGUUUUUCAACGACUUCACCUUCGACUACGACAUUGCGCUGCUGCAGCUGGACCGGCCGGUGGAGUACAGCGCCACCAUCCGGCCCAUCUGCCUGCCCGCGGCCGACCACACCUUCCCCGCCGGCAAGGCCAUCUGGGUCACUGGCUGGGGCCACACGCAGGAAGCAGGCCAGGGAGCUAUGAUCCUGCAGAAGGGCGAGAUCCGGGUCAUCAACCAGACGACUUGCGAGCACCUGCUGCCGCAGCAGAUCACCCCACGCAUGAUUUGCGUGGGCUACCUCAGCGGUGGCGUGGACGCCUGCCAGGGCGACUCCGGGGGCCCCUUGUCCAGCCCAGAGGCGGAUGGGCGGAUGUUUCAGGCCGGCGUGGUGAGCUGGGGCGAGGGCUGCGCGCAGAGGAACAAACCCGGCGUGUACACGAGGCUCCCUGUGUUCCGGGACUGGAUUAAAGCGCAGAUCGGGGUAUAG